CCAUAUACGACCAAGAGUCCCUUUUGCCGUACAGCACAUGCAAUGUACAAUCAUGUACGGUAUAGCCGUUGCAAUCGACAACAGACACAGGAAACCACCGAGGGAACCUGAAUAUGUGUUCCGCGCAGCCACGACGUGCCCCGACUGCUAGUGACCUGGUGCUGCGCUCGCUUAAUUAAGUGACCCCAGCCACAGGCCCUCCCAGCAGCGGGUUACAGCAGCCACUGUCGGACACCAUACUUAUCUCCAACCCAAGGUUAUCGUGAUUACAAAUUUCUUAUACCAGCGAAGUAAUAUGCGUGCAGUCAUUCAGCGAGUUUCAUCUGCAUCCGUCUCCGUUGACGGAGAGGUUGUCAGCAGCAUCGGCCCGGGGUUACUAUGCCUAAUUGGCAUCAAAGAAAGUGAUACGGUGAAAGAUUUAGAAUUUAUCUGCAAGAAAAUACUGACAGUUCGAGCUUGGCCGCAUCCUGAGACGGCGAAGGCAUGGGAUAUCAACGUCACAACUGCCGGACACGAAAUCCUGCUUGUUUCCCAAUUCACGUUGUACGCUCGCCUCAAGAAACCCAAGCCCGAUUACUCAAAGGCGAUGGGGCCGCAGCCGGCUCGAGAGCUCUACUCCCAGCUGGUGGAGGAGGUGCGGCGGCAGUACGUGGCGGAGCGAGUCAAGGACGGCGUGUUCGGCGCCAAGAUGGAUGUGGCGCUGGUUAACGAUGGGCCCGUGACCUAUGUGCUAGACAGCGCCGACCCAGACGCCUGAGAGCACCGUCAGUAGGGAAACCUGAAGGACAGUGUGAAGCGUCCAGCAAAGUCCUUUUGGUCAACCGAUGGCGGCAAUGUUUGGAUGGAUGGAGGGCACGAGGUGCUGCUUAGGCUGGCUGCGCCUUGGAAGCUGCUGUCUGGUGUUAGCUGGCCGUCAGGCUUCUGCGAGCGAGUGGGUAGCGGCGGCGGCGUGGGAUGUAUAUAGCUCAUGGGGGCGCGAGGAGCAGGUAGCGGGUAGGGACGUGGCCUUGUGGAAAGCGGCC